CCGUCCUGCCUCCGCUGCUGCUUCUCGGCCGGCGUCGGCUUCGGACGGGCGAACUGCGUUGCCUGCGGCAAGGGAGCGCGAAGCGGCGGAAGGGUCUUGGAAAAACUGACAGCAUCCAUGAAAGGGCUGGUUGUCUCUCUCAAGUUCAGAUUAUUUGCAACAUAGCUAGGAAAGAUGCAGUCUAUAUCUGAAAAUGGGGAUCCUCCUUCCGGAAAACAAAAUGAAACAAAACAAAACGAGGAGAAAACAUACAAAAAGACUGCAUCCUCAGCUAUUAAAGGUGCCAUACAACUGGGAAUAGGAUACACCGUGGGGAACCUCACAUCCAAGCCAGACAGAGAUGUGCUUAUGCAAGACUUCUAUGUAGUGGAAAGUGUGUUUCUUCCCAGUGAAGGGAGCAAUUUGACCCCUGCUCAUCAUUAUCCUGACUUCAGAUUUAAGACUUAUGCUCCUUUAGCCUUCCGCUACUUCAGAGAACUUUUUGGUAUUAAACCUGAUGACUACUUGUAUUCUAUUUGCAGUGACCCUCUAAUAGAACUAUCCAAUCCUGGUGCCAGUGGAUCCUUGUUCUUUGUCACUAGUGAUGACGAGUUCAUAAUCAAAACAAUUCAACACAAAGAAGCAGAGUUCCUUCAGAAGCUGUUGCCUGGCUACUACAUGAAUCUCAACCAGAAUCCAAGGACACUCCUACCAAAAUUUUAUGGUCUGUAUUGUGUUCAGUCGGGAGGUAUUAAUAUCAGGAUAAUUGUGAUGAACAAUGUUCUGCCUCGAUCACUGAAAAUGCAUUUCAACUAUGACUUGAAAGGCUCCACAUACAAAAGGAGGGCAUCCAGGAAAGAGCGAGACAAGUCCAACCCCACCUUUAAAGACUUGGAUUUUCUUCAAGACAUGCAUGAAGGAUUAUAUUUUGACUUGGAGACUUAUAGUGCACUCAUGAAAACGCUACAGAGGGAUUGUCGAGUACUGGAAAGCUUUAAAAUAAUGGAUUAUAGCUUACUGCUGGGAAUCCACAUAUUGGACUGUGCUGCAAAAGAGAGAGAAGGUGAAACUUCACAAAACACAUCGGAUUCUAAACGCCCAGGAGGACAGAGAGUUCUCUAUUCUACAGCUAUGGAAUCAAUACAGGGUCCAGGAAAAUCUGGGGACUGUGUCAUCACAGAGAGUACCAACACAAUGGGUGGCAUUCCGGCUAAAAGCCACAAAGGAGAAAAACUGCUGCUAUUCAUGGGCAUUAUUGAUAUCCUGCAGUCUUACAGGUUAAUAAAGAAGCUGGAGCAUUCCUGGAAAGCACUUGUUUAUGAUGGGGACACAGUUUCAGUACACAGGCCAAGUUUUUAUGCUGAUAGGUUUUUAAAGUUUAUGAGUUCCAGGGUGUUCAAAAAGAAUCAGGCUUUAAAGUCCUCUCCCUCCAAGAAACGAUGCAAUUCCAUUGCUGCUUUAAAAGCUACAUCACAAGAAUUUGUUUCUGUGGUUAGCCAAGAUUGGAAGGAUGAAAAUCAUGACUUGCUUACUGAGGGGCAGAGCUAUUGUAGUCUUGAUGAAGAAGUAUUAGCCUCCCGACAUCAGCCAGAUUUAGUGCCAAGCACGCCUUCUCUUUUUGAAGCAGCAUCUUUAGCAACCACAAUUUCUUCUUCUUCUUUGUACGUAGAUGACAAUUAUCAACAUGAUGGAACUCGGUUUUAUUCUAACAGUAAAGGAUUGCCUUCGAGUUCAACAUUCACCUUAGAAGAUAGUGCUAUCUGCUUGACCUCAGAACAGAGCACAGUAGAAACAGAAAAUGAUAAUGCUUCUGUGUUGGAUGUAUACUUAUAACAGAUCGUAAAAGAAGAAAAAGAUGAAUUUUAAGAAUGAGAAUAUUUGAAGAAAAGCACUUUCUGCACUCCAGAUUAACAAUGAAAAAUUUGCUGAGCCUAGGAAACAAAAAGUCCUAAGCAACAGAGCCUCUGUGAAAACAACAGAGGAUUCUUGAAGCCUAGAAAUGCUACCUUGGAAUCAGCAGAUGUGAAAGGAAACGUUUCACACUUUGCUAGGAUGUGCUGUUGCCGAACUGUGAAGAACUGCAUACAUUGUACUUAAGCUGCUCUUUCUUCUAUUUCCAAUCAUCUUUUCAGGGCUUGGAAGUAAUAUUUUCCUAUUGUCUCUCACAUGAUUUUUUUAUUUGCAUGUAUUCAGUGAUUAUGCACAAAUAUGUAAUUGCUUUGCCUAUUUAAAGAGUCAUCAUCACAGUGGUGAAUAUUAUGUAAAUCAAUUCUGCUUUCCCCAGAAUUAUAAUUGCUCACCUAUUAAUUUCAUACAAGGGUUAGUGUAAUAAGUUUGCACAUAGUUUAUGGGAAGCUAUCUUCUAUAAAGAAAUUUUCACU